AUCAAGGGAAGAAAGCCAUGGGUGUUGUCGUUUUCUUACGGAAGAGCACUUCAAGCAUCAUGCAUGGCUAAAUGGCGAGGUCAAGACACUAAUGUCAAAGAAGCUCAGGCUCUACUCCUACAACGAGCACGGGCAAACUCAAUGGCAACAUUGGGCAAGUACAGUGCCGAUAUGAUUGCUGGUGCUGCCACUUGA